UGGCAAUUGCCUGCGGACAGCGCAGGACAGCGGUAAUCGAUAGUCGAGAUUGCAUACCUGAUAUCAUCGUCUUCGCUACAAUAUUUGCCUUUACCGGUUCAGCUGCAGUGCAAAAGUCAAUCAAUUUGCGUAAUUAUUAACAAUUUAGCAAAAUGAGCAGCUCCGAGGAAGUCUCCUGGGUCACCUGGUUCUGUGGACUUCGUGGCAAUGAGUUCUUCUGCGAGGUGGAUGAGGACUACAUACAGGAUAAAUUCAAUUUAACUGGUUUAAAUGAGCAGGUACCCAACUAUCGCCAAGCAUUGGACAUGAUCUUGGACUUGGAACCGGAGGACGAGCUCGAGGACAAUCCCCUGCAGUCCGACAUGACCGAGCAGGCCGCCGAGAUGCUCUACGGUCUCAUACACGCCAGAUAUAUACUAACAAAUCGCGGCAUCGCUCAAAUGAUCGAGAAAUAUCAAACUGGCGAUUUCGGACAUUGUCCACGUGUCUACUGUGAAAGUCAGCCCAUGCUGCCAUUGGGUCUGUCGGACAUCCCCGGCGAGGCAAUGGUGAAGACCUAUUGCCCCAAGUGCAUUGACGUGUACACACCAAAAUCGUCGCGUCACCACCAUACCGAUGGCGCCUAUUUCGGCACUGGAUUUCCACACAUGCUCUUCAUGGUGCAUCCCGAAUAUCGUCCCAAGCGUCCUACUAAUCAGUUUGUUCCAAGGCUGUAUGGAUUCAAAAUACACAGCUUAGCUUAUCAAAUUCAGCUGCAGGCAGCAGCCAAUUUUAAAAUGCCACUACGAGCGCAACGUGGUCAGCCGCCCAAGGACGAAGAGCCUGAGAAUAAUGCCGAUACGGUGCCGAAGCGCCUCUAAGCGCAAGCAGUGCAGCCAAGCAGUCCAGCAGCCGAUACACCACAACACACACCUGAAGACAGACACAGAUACAGAUACAGAUACACACACACACGCAGGGCGGCCCACACUGAGGAAAACAAUUUGGAUAUAGACAGGAGGACCAACAUCAAAAUCUUCAACGCUGGAUCCAAAACCAACAACAACAAGUCACCAGUAAAACGCAUACAGACAUACAGACACACACACACAGCCAGCUCCUGUUCGAAAAAAGAAGGAAAGUAGGAUCAGGUGCAGUGUGUCCAGAGUUUUGAACGCAAAGGUAAAAACUAAUCUAAUAACAAGUACAAAAUUGAGUAAUGCAUUAUUUAUUCCCAUGUUUUGUGGUUUUUGAUCCUAAAAUAAUUGUAAGACUUGUUAUUAUUUUCCUAUUUACCAUUCGAGUGCAUCAAAUGUGCUAAUUCAAAGUUGACGCACUUCAAAUACCAAACUAUUUAUACUUGUACUUUAAAUAUUUGAUGUUCGAGAAUUUUUGAAAAUUGUUCCUGAAUUGAGAGUUAUUAGAUUACUUUUUACGCUGGUCACACUGAACAGGUGUCGUCAACUAUAUUCUUUGCAUUUUAUUUAUUAAGUGAAAUGAAAGGGGCUAAACCGAUUUAGAUAUAUAGUAUCUUUAAAAUAUUUAGUCAAGUGGCCGUAUAAACACCCGCCUUUGUUCCCUCAUUUCCAAUACUUCCCUCCUGCCCGCAAAGAGCCCAUUUCGAUUUCGAAUCGCCCAGCCUGUUUGCUUCCUCCUCAAAGCCUGCUACUACUUCAAAAACUUGGAUAUAUCGAAAGCUGAAUGCAGCAAAUCUACAACAACAAAAACAAUAAGAACGGAAAACAAAAACCCAAAACUGAACGUGACCCGAAUUCGAAUGCGAAAUCGUUCGGCGUUCCCUUUUUUCGAAAUCUGAGAGUGCAUAUACUUAUAUAGAAAUACAUAUACAUAAACAUAUAAACAAUAUACCGUUAGCUUAUUUAUAUAUGUACACACAACACAAACACACACACACACACACAGAACAUACACACACACACAUCCAGACCUGUUCCCAAAUUCGAAUCGGGUUUAAAUUGAGCGAAACCGGAAAUUCAGUUGUUUUCACUCACAAGCGAAGCCAAGAAAUUGUUAAGUUCUUUUCUUCGAUGGGGUCAAAAACGCCGCUAUUCCGAGUUCGUUAAAUUCAAGAUCAAAUGCGAAAACGAGAACAGAACUGAUAUUGAAAACAAACAAGAACAACAACAAACAAAACGGAAACCAACAAAAUAUUUUAUGUAUUUUUUUAAUGUAUUUAAGAAUAAUUAAGAUUAAAAAGAAGAAAGAAAAACAAAAAUGAAAGAAAGCAGUUGGCGUAAGAUGAUGAUAAUGCAGUUAUCGCAGGAAUUAUAUAGCAAAAAUCAGAGAUAAGGUUGAUAUGUUGCGCAAGGAAAUGAAAUGAUGAUGCAUUUCGAUGCCAGCGAAUGAGGAGAAAACAAUAAAGAUGAAGAAAAACGAAAAGUAUUGUUAUUUAUUUGGGAAAACCAACACCGAUUGAUUACCCAUCAUUUCCCAUGCCCAAUUCAAACAAGCAGAUUUCAUUUUUUCAAUUUUUUUUUAUUUUAUUUUUAAAUAAAUUAGAAAAUUCUUCGUAAAAUCGAAGAACCCAUUUAUGAAGCCUGGCCGAUGGUGUGUGCCGCUGCUCUCUAGUGGUUUCCGUAUGAUUUCGUGGUUUAUCUCUUGCUUCGCUGCCGUUCGCAUUCCUCAUCGACCUAUUCUCCUCCUCCGCACGACCCGCAGCUCCCUGUGCUCCUCUCUCUCUUCUAUAUCUCAUCAACAUAGCCCGAUUCCCCGAUAUAUUCGCACUGCUAUUGGGAUAUCAGUGGGGAAAUAUGCCCGAGGAAUUGGUGCCACAUUACUCGCUUAUACAUAUAACAUUUGUCUGUUUGUUUUGUUUGUUGCUACCGCUUUACAUAUCCGUAGGCUAACCUAUUGAUUUGCGACUCCUCGGGGAUUUCGGGGCUUACAGUCGUCACAUUUAUGUGUAUACAUAUAUAAAAAAAAUUUACAGUUUUACAUAAUUAUGCAGCUAACGUGAGGGGGGAGUGGGCGGAAGGGCGUGAGAAAUGCGAGGAACACUCGAAUAAAUCGCUAUUACAUCUCUCAAAUUUUUUUGCCGACAAAAAAAUACUUUAAAUUUAAAUGUAGAAAAAAAAAAUGUAUAAAAAAAGGAUUGUGUUUUUUCUUCUGUUUUGUUUUCAUGUUUUUCGAAUGGAUUUCUUUUUGGGAAUUUUGCCUUAAAGGUCGAAUGGAUGGGGGGAUGGCUGCUGAGGGCUGUAAAGUAGUAUUAUCUUUUGCUGUUGUGAUCUUUCUCUAUCUUUCUCUUCUUGUUGUUGUUGUUGUUGUGGCUACUGCGUUUGCAAUUAAGUUAUAAUUGUUUUUUUCAGUCUGAAUUCCAACACUAUGAUCUCGAAUGGAUGCAGGCUG